AUGCUCAUGUUUUGCUUUUGCUUACCAAAUGUAAAUGCGCAGAAGAAGAAACACCACCAGCUUAAAACCGUUAUAUGCGGAAGGUGCAAGCUUCUGUCUCAUGGGCACAUGAUAACUGCUGUUGGCGGGAAUGGGGGCUAUUCUGGCGGGAAACAGUUCAUUAUGGCUGAACAGCUUCGGGAGAAGCUGGCACACCUGCGCCAUGAGAGAGCAUUGAUAGUUAAAUUGGUUGAUAUUGUGGAUUUCAAUGGUAGCUUUUUGGCUCGUGUGCGUGAUUUGGCUGGUGCAAAUCCUAUAAUAUUAGUGAUUACUAAGGUUGAUUUACUUCCCAAAGGGACUGAUUUUAAUUGUAUUGGUGAUUGGGUUGUAGAGGCCACUGCAAAGAAGAAGCUUAAACUCUAUUAUUUGCAGUGUUAUAAGUGUUCAUCUUACAAGUUCGAAGUCUUUGGUUGGAGUAACUGGAGUUGCAUCAGAGAUCCAAAAGGAGAAGAAGGUUCUUACUUCUCUUUUUGUGCUUGUGCGCAUGUGCAUGUGCAUGUGUGA